ACUCAGAGAGUUUACCCGGAGGAGGAGAGAGGAGAGGCGGCCACGACCUGCGUCUGCACCGGGGUCAUGUUAUGAGCUGGAGGAACUGCUUCAUGGAGCUUUGAACUCUUCUUCACCGUCACAAUGCGGACUCACACCGGCUCAUCCAACCCGCUCACUGGCCCCUCGGCCCCGGGUCCCCGCGCUGCUGCUGCCGCCGCGGUCACCUGUCUGCUGGCGGCCGGGAUGCUCGUCGUCGCGGUCGGGAACGUGAGCAGCGGAGAGCCGGGGGGUCCUCCGGCUGCUGCUGCUGCUGCUGGAGCGGAGAACGGGAGGGCUUUCUCGGCGUAUUUCAGGAAACUGACCCGGGAUAGGAGAGCGAUAAGCGUGCCCCGGAGGAGGAGCGUGACCCCCGGUCCCGUGGAGCCUCUGACCCCCGCUGACCUCUUCAUAGCGGUGAAGACAACCGGGAGGUAUCACCGGCAGAGACUGGACCUGCUGCUGGACACCUGGAUCUCCACACACAUGCACCAGACGUACGUGUUCACUGACGGAGAGGACGAGGGGCUGAGGAAGAGAAUGGGUUCUCAUCUGAUCAACACCAACUGCUCAGCCGCCCACAGUCGUCAGGCCCUCUCCUGUAAAAUGGCUCAGGAGUACGACACUUUCAUUCACUCUGGGAAGAAGUGGUUCUGUCACGUCGACGACGACAACUACGUGAACGUCGGCUCCCUCCUGAGACUCUUGUCCCAGUUCGGUCACACGGAGGACGUGUACAUCGGCCGGCCGAGCCUGGAACGACCCAUAGAGGCCACGGAGAAGCUCGGCACCGCUGAGAUGAAGCAGGUGCGUUUCUGGUUCGCCACAGGGGGAGCCGGGUUCUGUCUGAGUCGCGGCCUCGCUCUCAAGAUGAAACCCUGGGCAAGUGAUGGCACUUUCAUGUCGACUGCCGAGCACAUUCGCCUCCCAGACGACUGCACUGUUGGUUACAUCGUGGAAGCGCUGCUCGGCGUGAGCCUCGUCCGCUCAGCGCUGUUCCACUCCCACCUGGAGAACCUGGGACUGGUGUCAGACAUACACAACCAGGUGACUCUCAGCUACGGCACAGUGGAAAACAACAGAAACACUGUGAAUGUGAAAGGAGCUUUUUCAGUCAGUGAAGACCCUACAAGAUUCAGGUCUGUCCAUUGUCUGUUGUACCCAGACACUCCUUGGUGCCCCGGCCCCUGGCGACUCCCACAGCCGCCGUCCAGAGACGGAGGGAUGGACAGACGGGGGGAGAAGAAGUAAAGUCUGGGAACACAAAGAUAAAAGAGAAGAGAGGUCCCUGUGCUCCUCUGACUCAGAAGAAUCUCAUGUCCCGCAGAGUGCUGGAGUAGUUUGACCCGUGGACUUCGACCCUGUGAAUUGCGACCUGGUGUUUCCUGACUCUAAAGUGUUUAUCGUCUGAACGAUGCUCAACUCGGCUCCAGACGUGGAUCUGAACCUUCCACCUCCUCUUUCUCUCUAAUGGCCACAUUCAGCUUCAGUUCUUUUCAGUCUCAGCUCUCAUUUGUCACCUUCAGCUGAACUCGACUCAGUUGUGCAUUGAGCGUAAAGCGGAUGUGAUCGUGUGAUAUUGAGGCCAAAGGCUCGUUCGUGCUCAGCUUUGGAUACGCAAACGGACGAGUACAACAGGAAAUCGAGAAAUGUCAAUACUGGAACUUUUUAGGAGACACUUUAAGAGUUGUUAAGAGACGACAGUCAUCAGGGGUUAUGAUAAUACUUCGACUGUGCAAAUGGACAAACUGCUGCUUUGGCCACUUUCUUAACUUUAUCAUAUCCACAGCCACAAUGUUUGAUGUUGUCCCAAACUCUCAACUCUGCGCUGCCCUCUCGUGAAGUUCUUUUAUCAGGUUUGAUCAAAGAAACACGGCCACAACACAAUCCGAUGGGGCAAACGACACAAGAAUCAUUUUUUUUAUCUUUUUUAAACUACUAAGAUGAUAUUGGAUGUGUGAUUCUGGAGCCACAGACAUCAUCCUCUCUGGAGACGAGAGGAAAGAUCUUGUACCUUCUGGCCUCAAUUUCUUUCUCCACCAUGGCUCCUCUCAAAGAUCUGUUUAGCCUCACACCCCCGAACAUUCCCAGCAUCCCCUCUCCACCUCCUCCGCUGUAAGAGAUCGUUUUUUUGUCUUGAUAAGACGGAGUGAUUAGAUGCACUGGAGCGAUCAAACACACAGAAGAACGGAUGAAUCUUUCAUCACUAGAGCACAAUGAGUCAAAGGAAAACUCAUUUUGAUGAUUUUUCUAGGAUCCAGACUCCUUUAUGUGAAGUUUUAUCUCCUCAGUAUUAUCUCUGUAUGAAUAAUGUUAUCACGACUGAGCACUUUGCUGUUUUAAAUCUGCUGCUUGCAAUUCGUCAUUUGAUAAAAGGAACAUUCCCAGGAACGGUUUGACCUUUUCAGAAAUAAUGCUCAUCUGCUUUCUUGCAAGACAAUGAAGGUUAAUGGAGAUGGAUGACGUGUCUCCAUCUCAUCGCACUGUACAUAAGUACAAAGACUUUUAAUUAAUUUCCCCUUUCAGUGGAAAUUAAUUCUGCUUCAUGUCAAGAAGAUAUAAGAUGUUUAUUAGUCAGAUUCUUCUUAUCUCACAGCAAGGAAGACAAUUUGCACACUUUUCAAAAAAAGUCAAACUAUUCCUUUAACAACUGUGUAUUAUUAAGGCCUCUCUUGUGAACUAUUCUUCAAAAAAAGAUCGAUACCACCGUUCUUUAUCCAUUUGAACAGAUGGAGUGUGAUAGUUAAUGUUGUUGAACUGCUUUUAAAGCUUGCAGCAGUGUGACGGAUAUUUCCCCUCUGAGUUCCUUCAGAGAAAUGACUCAUGUUGGGUCGUCGUCUGUAUUUCUGUGCAGUGAAAGCAACUGAAUGAAGGUGAUCAAGUGAAAUUCUGUACCCAAUGAAAUGAAUGUAUACGUUGAACUAUUGCUUGUGAAGCGUACGCGCUCUCUCCAGUAUCUGGACUGUCUGUGCACGUCACAACACAAGUUAAUAAAAACUGUUGAUGCUCAAAUA